AUGGCUGGCGAUCAGACGUCCUACAAUGGCCCGUGGAUCGUUCUGCUUGGCGGCCGAAAGCGCGGGUUGUACGAACGCAACCGCCCCCCGCAGACCGCGCUCGGCGAAUACAAGGCCCUCCUCCCCGUUGUCGUCACCUGCGCCUCGGAGGAGGAUGCGAUCGCCAUUGAUGGCCUCAACGACACCGUCUUCGCCGACGUCGAGGACAACGACAACCACACUAUGAUCUACCUUGUCCAGAACUUGGCGACAGAGAUAUCCAUGACUGCCGGCAAUCCGAUGUACGCGAUCAAAGUCGGCGUCGAGACUGGUAUCUGGGCAGGUUUCGAAUGGAAUGCGAUUGGACACCAGGUCAACACCCUCCCCACCACGAUCAAGCCCGUCUGGUGCAAACCGACGACCAUCACGGAGGCUAUCAUAUACAUGCUGAAGAAGGAGGGGAGGGGUUUCACCCUGCCUCUCCUCCCGAAGAAUGCGCACGUCCCGGCGCCGCCCGUCAAGAGCGAGAAGUCGACGUCUCGCGGCGACGUCCGCUCCCCCCCCGCGUCGCCCACUAAGCGGUCCGGGUCUCCUCGUAAGGCUGCCGCCGCGCCGCCUCCCUCGCCUUCGGUUUCGCGCGUGCGGAGUACGCCGUCGGCGAACGCGAACGCGAGGUCGUCGCACUCGUCGUCGCACUCGUCCUCGCACUCGUCCUCGCACUCGUCCUCGCACUCGUCCUCGCACUCGUCCCCCGCUCAUCGCCGCUCGGAGGAGAAACGGCGCCAACGUUCGGAUGCCGGCUCGAUGGACGAGCAGUUGGCCGCAGCCAUCGACAGCGGCCUCGCGCUCGAAGUCGGCCGCCAGAUCAUCGACCGGCUUGUUCGCCCGCCGGCGUCGAUGCAGGGCUCUAAUCGCGCCCUGCCCCUCCACUUCGGCUCCCGCGCCGAUGCGUUCUUGCUCAGGAAGGGCGCGUCCGAUGCCGACGCCCUGGCGGUUCUCCAGGCGGCCGUCCACUGCGGGAGUGUCGAGUCGUUCUCCUUCCACCUCAGCCUGUCUAUUGGGUGGGACAUCGAGGACUGCAAGGCUCUGUGGGAGGUGAUCGUCUUGCCGGGUCUGGCAUAG